GACCCGGAAGUGAUGGUUGGGAGCUUGCCCUAGCGGUCCCAGCUUCUCGAGUUAUUCUUAAUCAGUCCAGCUUGUCCCUGCAUCUUUGGACCUAAAGCCUCACUGCCUGCUUCGGCUGCAACAUGACCACCAAGCCAUGUGUGUCCCUGCUCCUGCUCCCCUGGACCAGAAUCAGGUUCUGUGCAUCCAGAGCCCCCUGCUGCACAUCCAGAACAUUGCUCCAAACAACUGCUGCCCCUCACCUCUCAGUUUUCAAACGCUCUUUGUCUACCAACAUCAAAGUGCGCUCCUACCUUCAGUACGUCAAACGUAAGAUCAAGUCCCCCCCAACCCCCCCUUACAACCAUGUGUGCCAAGUAGGAGACCCCGUCCUGCGCUCUCAUGCCGCUGCAGUCGACCCUGCAACCAUAACGGGCCCAGAGAUCCAGAAGGUGAUUGGAACCAUGGUAAAAGUGAUGAGGAAGCUAGAGUGCGUGGGGCUGAGCGCCCCUCAGAUUGGGGUACCACUCCGUAUCCUGAUGAUGGAGUAUUCAUGGAAGCUGUUUGAGGAGGUUUCUCCUGCAGCCAGGGAGGCCCGCGGACUGUCUGUGCAGCCCCUCAGGAUCUUUGUGAACCCUGAGCUCCGGGUUCUGGACAGUCGAACAGUGCUGUUUCAGGAGGCCUGUGAGAGCAUCUCUGGUUUUUCUGCCACGGUGCCCCGAUACCGAUCGGUGGAGGUGUCUGGUCUCAAUGAACGUGGUGAGGCGGUCACAUGGCAGGCCAGUGGCUGGUCGGCUCGGGUCCUUCAGCACGAGAUGGACCACCUGGACGGGGUCCUUUACAUAGACCGCAUGGACACCAAGACCUUCAUCAACAUCAGCUGGCAGGAGCUUAAUGAAUGACAGACUUUAAUCCUUUAAUGAGAGACUUUAAUCCCUGUAUGAUGGACCAAACAGGUCAUAUGUGAAUAUAUAAUAAAAUGAGUUUGAUGAAUCUUACGUCUAAA